AUGAAAGAUAUCUCAUUUAGAGGUUUCUUAUCCUUAAAAAAUAUCAAAAAUCCUCAAUAUAAGAUUGAAUAGCUAUUGGAUUACCGAAAAGAUAAAUAUUUAAGAGAUAUAUUACCAAUUAAAAUUAAAAAUUUCGAAAUAGAACGAUUAGAAUGGGUUGAUUUUAUUGGUAAACUCAAUGAAGAAAUGCCAUGGAUUGCUCAUUGUUUUUGGAAUAAUAUGUAUGAUUACUAAUUAAUCGAAGGGAAAGAAGAACCUUUAAUAAAUAAUAAUUAUCACCAAUAUUAACUUUAAAACAAUCAAAUGAGGCUAAGACUUUGAUUACAAAUAGGAUUUAUAACAAUAACCUUAAAUAAUUUCUAAUAAAAUAAAUGAGUCUUAAGAAUAAAAAAAUUUAAGAUAAUAAAUUCCUAAUUUAUAACAUAAAUUACUUCCUCUACCUAAAAUUAAUAAUCGACUCUUUAAUAAACAUCAAUCAUUUUCAACAAGAGUUUCAAAUGUUUAGAGAAUUAUUGGCAUUUCAAUUUCUAAAAAUUCUUCUCCUUAACAUAAAGUUGCUAGAAGCAAUUUAGUUUUAGUUUAAAAAGGUAAUCUACAACUAGAUAGAAGAUUAAAUUAUCAGUUUCUUGUAAAUUCUCUGAAAAAUCUUAGGCCAAAUCAUUUUCAGAUGCUUAAUUAUUAGAACACGAAACAGGAAAUUAUCUGAUAGAAUGGAUAUGUGCUUUGGAAUUCAAAAGAUAAAUUGA